CUCUGGGCCUGACACACGACCUGGGACAUGGGCUGAGCUUGGAAUUGCCUGUCCCAGAGCAAGCAUCGAUGGAGCUGGGCCCACGAACAGGUACAACCACUUUGACCAGGGCCCGUGUGAACAACAAGGAAGGCCAGCAGGACAUGGACUCCUGGAGAACAGUCCGCAGCCCCCCGGACACCUCCAAAUUCAAGUUCCAGGCCCCAGUCUGCCCGCAGACGUCCCUGCACCGGGGAGGCAGCCCCCUAGGGCGGGCCCACCUGGAGGAGGUCCGGCCUCCACCCCCUACAGCUAUCAGCCGGGACUCCCCCGGCAUGGACCCACAGCCUGGGUCCCUGAAGAAGGGGGAAUACAGACCGUCCUCGAGGGAGAGCAGGGCUUCCUUCCGAGAGGGGCCUCAGCCGUGCCAGAGGCUGGAGGAAGGCCCCGACGUGGGGGCCCAGGGCCCGAGGAGCCUGAGCCAGAGGAGCAGCAUCAUUCCUGACAACAUUCGCCACAAGUUUGGGAGCAGCAUGGUGGACCAGCUGGUCUCUGAGGAGCAGGCUCGAAGGGCCAUUGGCGAAGCCUUUGAGGGCCAGAAGAGGGCAAGCUCGUGGCCCAGCAGGACCCAGAGUCCCACGCAAGUGUCCUCCAUCUUCUCAGACUACUACGACCUGGGCUACAACAUGAGGUCAAACUUGUUUCAAGGGGCCCCCCAGGAGAUGAAGAGCCUCAUGAAGGCCUCCUACACCCCAGAGGUGAUCGAGAAGUCGGUGAGGGACUUAGAGCACUGGCACGGCAGGAAGACAGACGACCUGGGACGGUGGCAUCAGAAAAACGCUAUGAACAUGAACUUGCAGAAAGCGCUGGAUGAGAAAUACGGAGAGAAGAACAAAACCAAGAGCUCGAAGCUCUAGAUCCGCCCUCCACUCAGGAGAGCGCUGACAAUAAAGAAAGGCGCACGUCUGAGUCUCUCCUCCCUGCUUGGGGCUCUCCUCGUGUCCGCUGGGGCCACGGGCUCUGCUGCAGAGACCAACUGAGCUAGGACCGGAGCGCUGAGGGCCCAAACUCUCCCCCAGACCUUCCUCCAGACACCCCUUCCCACCCCUCCCAUACACCCACACACCUGCGCACACCCACACCUCCCCCAUCCCGCAUACACACAUCCAUGCACCCCACACCUUCCCCCAUAAUUCCAGGAAAGGGUGUGAGGGCUGAGCAAGACUCUGUCUCAAGCCCCGUGUGCCUGGCUUCUCCCUCCCGCCCUGCGUGGAGAAGUCCCAU